UCUUUGAUUCUCUUCUCCCAAAACGUCAAAACAAAACCCCAAAACGCGUCACAAACCCUAAAACAGUCUUCGGAGCUCUUUCCACAAAUUUUCUCCAUGGGAACUCCAGAGACUUCUAGGGAGCCUUGCCCUGAUCGUAUUCUCGAUGAUAUUGGCGGCGCCUUCGGCAUGGGUGCCGUCGGCGGCUCCGCGUUCCACUUUCUCAAGGGCGUUUACAACUCCCCGCAGGGGGCACGGCUCGUCGGCGGCUCUCAAGCCGUGCGGAUGAACGCCCCUCGAGUCGGUGGAAGCUUCGCCGUAUGGGGUGGUUUAUUCUCCGCCUUCGACUGUACCAUGGUCUACGUCCGUCAAAAGGAGGAUCCUUGGAACUCGAUCAUCGCCGGCGCCGCCACCGGCGGAUUUCUCCAGAUGCGCCAGGGUCUCGGGGCGUGUUCUCGCGCGGCUGCGUUUGGUGGCGUCCUAUUGGCUCUGAUCGAAGGGGCUGGGAUCAUGCUCAAUAAAGUCCUUAGUCAACAACAACAGAUGCCUAUUAUGAUUGACGAAUCAGCUCCUAAUAUGGCAGGAAUGCCUGGGUUUCCUCCUUCAGGCCAGUUACCGGGUUGGCAGCCUCCGGAGCUAGCUUCCGCAACUGGGUCUUCUUCAGAUUCGAGUUCUGGUUCGUGGUUUGGAGGGUGGUUCGGUGGUGGGGACAAGAAAGAGCCCCAAGCAGCGAGUAGCAGUGGAAGCGAGACAAAGAUUUUGGAGAGCUUCGAUGCGCCUCCAGUGCCUAGCUUCGAGUACAAGUAAUUUGAGGUUUUUUGGUUUUGAGAGAGAUUGCAUUAGAAAAAAUAAGUAUACCAGCAUAAAUUUUAGGUUGUGUUUUAGUUUUUUUUUUUAUGGGAACUACUAAUUUUAUGCUGCAAAAUUUAUUUUUCAAAUAUAGUUACUUAUGAUUGUUCCUUCAAUAUAAUUGUUAUCAAUUUAAAUUUUUUUUUUUUUAAUUAUGAUUGGGAUAGCUGUGAUUAACUAUUAACUAAUUCAAUAUAAUUUCCUGUUAGUGGCUGUUUUUUUUUUUUUUGCUGAGCUUUCAAGUCUGUUUUCUUGGGUUGAACUUAUAAUUUAAUUUACUAAUGGGAAAUUUUGUUUGGAGGAUGGUUCCGGGUAUUUGAUUCACUAAUGGGAAUUUCUUGUUUUCUUUUACUA